AUGAUCAAGGACGGGACAGGGAUCGACGAAACCAGCGUCAUAGAGCGUGCGAUCCGAAGUUUGAGCAAGCAGCUCUCGAUAAAACAUAUAAGGCGAGAGAAGAGUCUCGCGAAGAAUCCACCUCCGAUUUCUCAGAGUGAAAGCAAUAAUGCUGCCACGAGAGUCAGCGCAGUUUAUGAAGCGAACGACGGCAAUGGAGACGUUUACGUGAAUUUUUCAGAUGUAGACUCCGAACUUUUCUUGCGUCCUCCUAUGAAGCAAUCGAAUUCGAUGUCGAUUUUGGUUGGUGUUUUUGUUGCCGUUGGCGGAUUUCUAUUCGGGUAUGACACGGGGCUCAUAAACAGCAUAACAGAAAUGAAGUAUGUUAAAGAACAUUUUGCUGGGAAUGGUGUCAGUUUUACGGCGAAGGAAAUGUCUAUUUUGGUAUCAUUUCUCUCUUUAGGGACAUUUACAGGGGCACUAGCGGCUCCAUUCAUAGCAGACUCUUACGGACGCAAGGCUACUAUCAUCUUCAGCACAUUUUUUGUUUUCAUGAUAGGAAACUCUCUACAAGUCGCUGCGAGCAGUUCUGUCUUGCUUGUGGUCGGUCGUGUGGUUUCUGGGCUCGGAAUUGGAUUCAUAUCCGCCGUGGUACCUCUAUAUCAAAGUGAGGCUGCCCAAAAAAAAAUUAGAGGCGCCAUCAUUUCAACAUAUCAGUGGGCGAUCACAUGGGGGCUUCUCGUGUCGAGCGCUGUUUCUCAGGGAACACGAGAUAGAGAUGGCCCUUCGUCUUACAGGAUACCAAUUGGCUUACAAUAUCUCUGGACAUUCUUGUUAGGUGCGGGAAUGAUUUUUCUUCCUGAAAGCCCAAGAUAUUACAUUCUAAAAGAUCAACUAGACCGUGCAGCAAAGUCACUGGCAUUUUUAAGAGGCGUGUCUGACCACGAUUCUGGGGUCAUUGAAGAACUAGUGGAGAUUAAGGCUAAUUAUGAUUACGAGAUGUCUUUUGGCAAGUUUUCUUAUAUCGAUUGCUUCCGAUCCAGUAGAAGUCGAUCUAAACAAAGACUGAGGAUGUUUACUGGCAUUGCUUUGCAAGCAUUCCAGCAGUUUUCGGGCAUUAAUUUUAUUUUUUAUUAUGGAGUCAACUUUUUCAGUAAAACUGGAAUCAGCAAAAGCUACUUGGUGUCUUUCAUCACCUAUGCUGUAAAUGUGGGCUUCAACGUUCCUGGUCUUUUUUUGGUUGAAUAUAUGGGGCGUAGGAAAGUUCUGAUUAUGGGCGGCGUUUUGAUGACGAUUGCAAAUUUUGUGAUUGCCAUUGUCGGCGUUACUACAAGGUCUGUAGUCGCAGCCAAAGUCAUGAUAGCCUUCAUAUGCAUGUUUAUUGCCUCGUUCUCUGCCACUUGGGGUGGGUGUGUGUGGGCCGUUUCCGCAGAACUUUACUCCCUUGGCUUGAGAUCGAAAUGCACUGCCAUUUGCGCAGCCUGCAAUUGGCUCGUUAAUUUCAUUUGCGCCCUCAUAACACCAUAUCUCGUUGACACGGGCUCGCACACUUCAUCCCUGGGGACCAAAAUUUUUUUCAUUUGGGGAAGCUUAAACGCAGCUGGCGUGGUCAUCGUAUAUGUGUCAGUCUACGAAACUAGAGGGCUAACUUUGGAGGAAAUCGAACAACUAUACAAGAUGUGUCCGAACAGCCUGGCCUCUACGUAUUGGAAUGAAAAGAUACGCAAUUCUCCAGGAAAUUUACAUUUCAUACCCGAUGCAAAGGCAGGAGAAACGCAUGAGACCUUGGAAUCGGCACAUAUAAGUGAUGGAACAUCGGUAUGUGCGAGCGCUGCGCCUGUGAAGUUUUCUGGACUUUGCAAGACGAACGAGGCACCCACGAGCUUAACGUCUGCUAAUAAUACCACUAUUCCCCUUGCUGUCGCCAGAGAAAGUGAAAAUCAAGCCCCGCCUCAAUCCUACGUCGACCUAGGCAAUGGUUUAGGGCUUGCAACCUAUAACAAGGGCCCACCCUCGCUGCUGUCGAGUUCCAGCGACGAAGAAAACGACGGAACCACAUCUCUCAGUGUGAACCGAGAGGAUCGAGAAAACAGAGACAGCUUGAACGAGUACAUGGCACAACUGAUGAACAGUAACAGCAUGAACAGUAACAAUGGCACGGAUUUCUAA